AUGGCGAAGAAAAAGGCCCCGAUCCCUGAAUCCCACCUUAUACUGCCGACUCACUCUACUUCCGAAGCCGCAGCGAUUGUCGACACACACACGCAUAUCGCGUCGACGUUCGAGGCGUAUCGGCACAAGUACAAGGAAGGGAAAUAUGAGACCGUCUUCGACUUUAUCAAAGGCGUAACAGCGAAUCGAAAUGUGGACGCUGUCGUGGACGUUUGGUGUGAAGCACCGAUACGAAAGCUGUGGAAGGAGUUCGCCGAUUCGGCGGUGACCGAGGAAGAUAGGAUCAAGAAUUGGGGUGGUCUGGAAUAUUGGUUUGUUAUGGGUGUGCAUCCCCAUGAAGCGAAACACUAUACCGACGAAGUGGAAGAAGAGCUUCUACAGGCCAUGGCGCAUCCUCGAUGCGUCGGCUGGGGAGAAAUGGGCUUGGAUUAUCAUUACGACCUUUCACCGAGAGACGUCCAACAAGCGGUCUUUACUCGUCAACUCAAGCAUGCAGUCCGGCUAGGCAAGCCACUUACCAUACAUACUCGAGAGGCGAACGAAGAUACCGAGCGUAUUCUCAAGGAAGAAGUGCCUAAGGACCAUAAAAUCCAUAUACACUGCUUCACAGAUGAGCCAGCUUUUGCCCUUCGUCUCCUUGAGCACUUCUCUAACCUGUACAUUGGCGUUACUGGCGUGAUAACCUACACGAGCAACGACAAUACGUCGGGAGCUAUCUACCAGAUGUCACAAGGCUCCUCGGAUAAUCUUCGAAUAUUGCUGGAGACUGACGCACCGUAUAUGGUCCCAGCUAACAUAUACGAUACACUAACAACUAUUAAAGGAAAGCUACCCAUAUGUCAUACCGCUAUGAUCCCUUGGACAGCUGACUUCGUUGCUACUUUCCUUGGAGGCGAGUGGACCAGUGAGAAGGUCAUGAAGAUUUCCAGGGAGAAUGCACGCUCCGUGUACGGAGUGUAA